CCCCCCCCGGCAGGAAUGGUCUGUUCCUCGCGCUCUAUUUAACCCGCGCCGCUGCCGCACCGCCGGCCCCAGCCCCGACACCGGCGGCGCGCUCGGUGCCACCGGAGGCUCCGCGCUGCGGCUCGGCUCGGGCACCGCCGCCGCGAUGCUGCCCCUCGGCCUCCUCCUGCUGCUGCUCCUCGCCUGCUGCGGGGCCGCCCGGGGAAACCUCUCCCGCGACGAGAGCCAGCCCACGACGUCGGAUGAGACCGUGGUGGCCGGCGGUACCGUGGUCCUCAAGUGCCAAGUGGAGGAUCCCGAUGACUCCUCGCUGCAAUGGUCCAACCCUGCCCAGCAGACCCUCUACUUUGGGGAGAAGCGAGCCCUGCGGGAUAACAGGAUCCAGCUGGAGAAAUCCACCCCCAACGAGCUGACCAUCAGCAUCAGCGAUGUGGUGCUGUCGGAUGAGGGGGAAUACACGUGCUCCCUCUUCACCAUGCCCGUGCGGACCGCCAAGGCCCUGGUCACCGUGCUGGGAGUGCCGCAGAAGCCGCAGAUCUUCGGGCACGAGCAGCCCAUCGACGAGGAGAAGCUGGCGCGCUUGACCUGCCGCUCGUCGGGCAGCAAGCCCGCGGCACAGCUCCGCUGGAGGAAGGGCAACAAGGAGCUCAAAGACGAGGGCACCGAGGUGGUGGAGGAUCCCAAUGGGAAGACCUUCACCGUGAGCAGCCGCGUGGAAUUCCGGGUCACCAAGGAGGACAACGAGGCCGAGGUGACCUGCACCGUGGACCACGAGUCGCUGCAGAACGCAGAGAGGUCCACCACGCAGAAGCUGCAGGUUCACUACAAGCCGACAGCGAAGAUCGAGCCGCAUCCGCAGUACCCGCGGGAGGGCGAGAAGCUGCAGCUGCAGUGCGAUGGGCAGGGCAACCCCAUCCCCCAGGAAUUCCUAUGGGAGAAGGAGGGCAGCGACGCUCCCCUGCAGCUGAGCUCCGACAGCGUCCUCAUCUUCCCCUUCCUCAACAAGAGCGACAGCGGCACCUACGUGUGCACGGCCACCAGCUCCAUGGGCAGCGUCGUGGCCAAGUACAACCUGGACGUCAGCGACGCCAGCCCCGUGCCCUCGACCUCCAGCACGUACCACGCGGUGAUCGGCGGCGUCGUGGCCGUCAUCGUCUUCCUCCUGCUCAGCCUCCUCAUCGUCCUGGGCCACUACCUGAUCAGACACAAAGGUAUGUGCAUAAGACACGGGGAGACGGUCACAUCCAGACACCGGCCAAAGCCAGCAGAGGUGAUGUGCACAUACCUGACCCACGAGGCCAAGGGCUCGGAUGAUGCCCCGGAUGCCGACACCGCCAUCAUCAACGCGGAGGGCGGGCAGGCGGGCGGCGACGACAAGAAGGAAUACUUCAUCUAGGGCUGAGCGGGACCGAGCGAGCCAUGGAGGCAGCGAUGGCGACGGAAACCAGAGCACGACCCUAACCCAUUGCACCCCCUGCACUUCCCCUGGCACCCGGCACAGCCCCGGGCUGAGGGAUGCGGGACAGGGGAGCACAGGAGCCACCGGCCUGAGCCGCGCCGCUGAUGCUUGAACUUGGCCAACCCCUGGUUUCCAGGAGCGGCGGCUCCGGCCCCGCUCGCUUGCUUUGCGCCUCCAUCCCCGUGAGUGAGCGAUUUCCCCUCCUUCCUUUGGACCUUUGCUUUGGUUUCGUGGCUGCUCUUUUGCUUUGGGCCCUCGGGUGGGAGCCUGGGCUGGGGUCGAUGUCGCUCUUUCCUUCGUUUCGUUCCGGUUUGGUUUCUUUUUGAGGUACCCAAGGAUAAAAUCAGCCUCCGGGCUCAGGGCAGCCCCCGUUGUCACCAGCGCUCGCCCAUCCGGAGCCGGGAUCCCGGUGUUCCC